GUCUAAUUAACCGACAUCGUAAACGUAAACCCUAAUUUUCACUGUUUUGAAGAGGAUUUAGAAGCACAAUACACAUCUCAAAAUGGAACUGAAGAUCGACUUAACCAAGCCUCCUGGAAGAGUAAAGUUGUGGGUGACAUUCUUUUCGUUAAUUCUGUGUGCUGUAUUUGUACUGAAUGUUAUUGCAUACCUGCUGCCGGCUUAUGAUGAGAGGUCCCCAAUAGGUUAUAAAGGAGUCACCUACAAUAAAAGACAACGUGUUCUUCAGCCAAGAUACCGACGGGACGAAUGGAACACAUCCGGCACGCCCAUACCAUGCAACCAAAAGAAACACAUCCUCUUCAUCAAAGUUCCUAAGUGCGGGAGCUCCACCCUUUCCAGUAUUAUCAUAAGAUUCGGGUUUCGGCACGGCUUAAAAACAGCGCUUCCUUUGGGAAAUAAGUUCAGUCUGGUUUCCUUGUUGAGGAGUCUGGACAAGAACGGCCAUCAAAGUGAUAAGCACGAUGUAUUUGCCAGCCAUGUAAGAUACCAGGUUAUCAAAGAACACGAACACCUUGUACCAAACGAUGCCUUUCGUACGGCAAUUAUUAGAGAACCAUUGAGCGCCUUUAAGUCUUUUUUCAACUAUCGCCAGAAGGGAGCAGCCUUUGGACUCGGAGCGAAAAAUCAACUGGAAACGUUCUUUUCGAACUCUGCGUUCUACGCAUCCCCCGAUUCAGCUCGAUUUUGGAACCGAAUGAUACGUUACCUUGGAUACAACAUGCCGGACAACACCACCCAGAGCACUCCUCACGCAGUUGAGGAGGCCAGAACAUAUGUAUACCAUGUAGACCGAGAAUUUGACUUUGUAGUAGUUUUGGAAUAUUUUGACGAAUGUCUGAUACUGCUUAAAAGAAUGCUGUGCUGGGAAACGCACGACAUGUUUUACACCCAACACAAAACUGGCUCUACUUAUUCGAAGGAUUAUGAUACCGCUAUCAAAAAAGUCAGUGACCCCUUGGUAGAUAGAAGAUUCAGGGAACUGAAUUAUGCAGACUAUAUACUCUACGACUAUUUUAAGUCAAAGGUGGAAAAAACAAUCGCCAAACAAGAUUCUGACUUCUUCAAAGAACUCCGCGAUUUCAGGAGGGUGAAUAGUAGAGUGACACAAUUUUGUCAAAGUAGCACAUCCCUUGAAGAAUCAUUGGAAAUACCAUCGUCAAAAUGGAGCAGAGGGUUCACCAUGAGAAAGACGUACUGUCGUCUGCUGAAUUUUGGUGUAAACAAAUACGAUACAUUUCUGAAAAAUGAAAAAUUCACACAGUACAUUAACGUUGGAAAAAAUAGCGAACCUAGGCAACCCAGGCGUGACAAGUCGUCAUAGACCGCGCUUGACA